AUGGCAACCUCCCAACACCCAAGUCUGCGGCUGCUCUCCACCCCAUCGGAGACGCUCCGCAGAACUUACAUCGCAUCUCACAACCGACCAUACCUCACAACACUGUCGCGGGAGCCGCACUCUCUCACCCUCACCAAGCCUUCGGAGAUGAACACCCCGGUCCUCCCCCGCCGCCUCGUACAACAGACGCCGCGAUUCUUCAUCGCAUCAUCCCUGUUCCUUAGAGCAUCGUCGUCAGGGCCAGCAGCACUACCCAGGCCCAUCCAGCAGCAACAACGUCGCCGCCAUCAGCGAGCCAUGUCGACGACGUCCGCCGCUCCGGCACGGGCCGUGGCCCGAUUCUCCAAGGGUUCCGACGAGGCCUCGCUGUCCUCGACGCUGGAGACGUUGCUGGGAGGCGGUCGUUGGGCGCUGGUGAACGAUGGGGAGGCAGUAGAGAGGAGUUUCAAGUUUAAGAACUUUGCGAAGACGUGGGACUUCAUGACGGCCGUGAGUCUGCAGUGCAAAACUCACAACCACCACCCCGAGUGGUCCAACGUCUACAAUACAACCUUCAUCCGUUGGACGACCCACAAUCCGAAGGGCUUGUCGGACAAGGACCUCAAGCUCGCCAUGAUCUGCGACGCCUUAGCCAAAGACUUCGGCGAGGUCGAGGCGCACCCGGCCGCCGAGGCCGCCGAGGGGGACGCGGCCGUGAGCUGUGGCAUCCGGGGCUUGGCCGACAAGGCUGCGGAGACGGCGGGAGACUGCUGUACGCCUAAGAAGUGA